AUGGCGCCGACGCUGCUGGACCUGGCCCACUGGAGCACCUGGGCGGUGUGCGCGGUGAUCAAGCUGCCGCAGCUGGCGGCGGUGCUGGCGGCCAGGUCGGCGCGGGGGGUCAGCACGGGCAGCCUGCUGCUGGAGCUGGCCGGCUUCCUUGUGUUUCUGAGGUACCAGAUCUAUUACGGUUACCCUCUGCAGACAUACCUGGAAUAUCCCAUCAUCAUUGCACAAGAUGUCAUUCUCCUUUUGUUUAUUCUGCAUUUCAGUGGAAACACGAAACGAGCUUUGUUCUAUGCAGUCACAUUUUGGGCGGGCUGGUACAUGCUAACACUGCAGAAGUGGAUAAUAGACCUGGCCAUGAAUUUGUGCACAUUCAUCAGUGCAGCCAGUAAGCUGGCUCAGCUGCGGUGUCUCUGGCAGACAAAAGAUUCUGGACAAGUGAGCGCCUUGACCUGGAGUAUGUCUGCAUAUACCUGCGCAACAAGAAUAGUUACAACUGUAAUGACUACGAAUGAUCUCGCAGUUCUCAUCCGUUUCAUAACCAUGCUCAUUCUCAAUAUUUGGGUCACAGCCGCAAUCCUGCACUACAGGAAAACUAAAAAGACUGAUUAGAAGACACUCAUCAGCACACAACAUAGUUACCAUCAAAAAACCCUGAUAUAAUUAAGCUUAAACAACAGAACAAAGGUUGAGGAGGCUCUCUCUCUCUUAAGCCUAGUAUUUAUCCCUAAGCACAAUUAGUACAGUCACGCUUAUUUUCUCUUAGAAAUAAUUCUGAUAAGAUACUUAAUUUAAGCAGCAUAUUUUUAUUGGUCAUUUAAGACAAGUUUCACUGAUAGCACAUUUUCUCUGGACUUUUUUACUAAAUGAACAAGGUAUUUCGUAUUUAGAUGUUCAUAUAUUAUCGUAUCACUUCCGUACUUUCUGGUUACAUAUAAGCAAUUUUCUUCAAUUAUACAAGAGCAAUUUUGCACCAACAUCAACUCAUCUUUUUGCAUCUGCUGCGAGUUUGAAAAACAACAGAUGUUUGUCUUUGUCUUGCAAGCAACUCAAUUAGUUAGACAGUAACUAUCUGUAUUUUAGGAUGAAGAAAAUCUGAGACAAGGCCCAAUCCAAAAUAAGGUUCUAAAUGUGUUUUACUAAGUCACAAAUCCAGUUGGGAUUGUAGCGCUUACAUGCAACACUGAAAUAGUACAAUUUAUACAGCUGGUACAGGAUACCCAUGGUCACUGUCUUCAAUAUACCCAGUUUUUAUUAGGAUAAGAGCAAAAACUCAACUAUGAAUUCUUCUUUUUCAUCCUGAGCUCUCAUUCACUGAACAUACUGUUUUGGGAACAGCAGAGACUAUAAUGUAUAGGAGUUAAUGAAACUUUGACCAACAGAGUUAAAAAUCAUGUUCAAGCAGAAGUUCCUGAACCGACACCCAGAAUCCCUACGUGCAAUCCAUACUGACCGUGACCUGUUUACACGUACAGCUUGAUGCAUCACAGCAGGCUCGCAGUUUUUGAUGAUACUGCUCUGUGCUUUGUUAGUUUUUAGCCUGUCUGUGCCAAGCGUGCUGAAGAACAUAAAGACUUCACUUAAAUUUUUAGUUUGGAGAUUCUAAUCAGUUUCUAGUAGGUAUAUUAAAAAGGGGAAAAGGAUAUUCUUGAGAACUAUUAACGGGGGAUUUUGCUUUUGGAAGUAAUGCCUUUCCAACCCAAAGUUACAGAAGUAAUCAUAUAGCUUGCCUUCAAUUCUUACUGCCUGCUCCAAAAUGAAAAGAUACGCCUUUUCAAAAGAGUUCUUAUGGUAUUACUGUUAAAACCAAGGCACCCUUGGUCCUGGCACCCUUGAAAACUAUGGGAAGACUGCCUUGACUACAUUGGAGGCAGGUUUUCCUUGCAACAUGCUAAAUCAUUGGACUCUUGUGAAGAGCGGGAUCUGCAACAGCAGAUGUUUCCGCCAGUGUACGCUCAGCAGUCAGACCGAGACCUUCGCCGUCAGAAAACAUAGCUGCUGUGUAACCGCUGAUUUUAGAGCGGGAGGGGGUGGG